CUCAGGAUCCAAAAAUCUUCAAAAAACCUUCGCCGUCGUCUCAUUUUCUCCGGCGGCAGGCACUCCCUGAUCACAAUUCCUUCUCAGGAUCGGAAUUCUCUGGGUUUAGUGCAGUGUAAUCAGCGAUGGGGAAGGGAGGUGGCUGCGUUCCGAGCAAGAAGAAGAACAUAGUCCUUGACGGUGCUUCCAACCGUGGCAGCGCCACCGACGCGCCGAUCGCUAUCGAAGAUCAAGUGACCUCCGAGACUCCCGCAACGGAGAAUUUCACAGUUGCUAAUUUGAAAUUAUUCAUUGUGUUUUACUCAAUGUACGGUCACGUUGAGAAAUUGGCAAAGAGGAUGAAGAAGGGAGUGGAUGGUGUGAAGGGGGUUGAGGCGGAGCUGUACCGGGUGCCGGAGACGCUGUCGGCGGAGGUGCUUGAGCAAAUGAAGGCGCCGCCAAAGGACCAGGAGAUUCCGGAGAUUGCGGCAGCGGAAUUGGCGAAGGCGGAUGGGGUUUUGUUUGGGUUCCCGACUAGGUAUGGGUGCAUGGCGGCGCAGAUGAAGACAUUUUUCGACUCCACGGGGCAGCUGUGGAAAGAGCAGACGCUCGCUGGGAAACCGGCCGGAUUCUUUGUUAGUACCGGUACUCAAGGAGGCGGCCAAGAAACAACAGCCUGGACAGCAAUAACCCAGUUGGCACACCAUGGGAUGCUUUUUGUUCCAAUUGGCUACACAUUUGGAGCUGGUAUGUUCAAGAUGGACUCAAUUCGAGGAGGUUCUCCUUAUGGUGCUGGUGUUUAUGCUGGUGAUGGCUCAAGGGAGCCAACUGAGACAGAGCUCUCACUAGCAGAGCAUCAGGGGAAGUAUAUGGCUGCUGUAGUCAAGAGGCUAGCCGAGGCUUGACAUUUCUAUCCUAAAAUUUUAUCAUUCACAUUUGUCCUUGUCCCGUUAUCUGCACGUUAGUUGUAACAUGUGCUUGGUCCUGUAACUAGUCUUCUACCUUUCCUUUCUCCAGCGUGAAGAAUACCACCCUUAGUUCUGUGUCAGUUUCAUUCUGUUCGGAAACAUGUACAUUUAACAUUCUUUCUUCAGUCCUAUCCUCCUGAAUAAGUUGUUAAUCCAUGGUAUUGUUUGCUUGUACUGCGUGAAUGUAAAAAAUUCCAUUGAAUUGUUUUAUAAACCACUAUUGAUACUGUGGGCUUUGCUUUGUUCUGAUUCUCUUGUUAUGUCUGUCCUAUCGAUCUUCAAUCAGUUGUAUGAAAUGGAAGAAAACGACAGCCAAUUU